AUGGAUAUGAAAAACAACAACUAUGGAAGUCGGAAAAAGGACAAACAAAGAAUUGUAACUCUUAGGAAAUUCCUUUUAAUCACUCUUAUACAUGUGGAGAGAGAUCAGAGAGAGGAAGUCACACUUGAGAUCAUUGAUGUUCUUCACCCAGGAAGAUCAAACGUCUCUAAGGCAGAACUGAAGGAAAAGUUAGCAAGAAUAUAUGAUGUGAAGGAUGCAAGUGCAAUUGUGGUCUUUAAGUUCGGAACUCACUUUGGAGGUGGAAAAUCAACUGGGUCCAUUUUGAUUUAUGAUUCUGUUGAAAAUGCCAAAAAAUAUGAGCCCAAGUACAGGCUAAUCAUGAAUGGACUUGACACUAAAGUCGAAAAAUCAAGGAAGCAAAUGAAGGAGAGGAAGAACAGAGCCAAGAAGAUACGUGGAGUAAAGAACACAAAGGCCUCAGACGCUGCCAAGGCUGGGAAGAAGAAAUGAGUUUACUGCCGUGUUUUCGUGCCUUGGCCUUUUUCUCUAUCAUAUCUUUAUUUCAUCUCUCUAAAUUUAAUUCUUAAGGGCCGUUUAGGGGAUCAAAAUGUGAUCAGGAUUAUUCGGAAUCAAACUACGAUGUGGUUUCUUGAGAUGUAAUCAGUAUUAUUGGAAAUCAGAUAACGGUGUUUGGAGUGCAGGAUUGGAUUUGUUGUGUUAUUGAUCAAUGUG